CACGUAAUACGUACUCUUGCUUUGCUACGAGAGAAGCAGCAGCAAAAACUAAGAUGGGUAUGCUGCCGAGAGUUAGCGGCCUCUUUGUGAGCUUCUUCUUCUUCUCAUGCUCGGUUGCUUCCCCUGAUGGCUUCUUGCAUUGCCUACGGGCCAAGAGUGUACCCAGCGAGCUGGUGUACACGCAGAGCUCCAGCAACUUCACCGACGUGCUGGCCUCCUCCAUCAGGAACGGCAAGUUCUUCACCAACGCCACGGUGAGGCCGCUCUGCAUCAUCACGCCCGGCCCCGGCGACGCCUCCCACGUCCAGGCCGCCGUGCUCUGCGGCCGCCGGCAGGGCGUGCGCCUCCGCGUGCGUAGCGGCGGGCAUGACUACGAGGGCCUGUCGUACCGGUCGUCGGCGCGGCCUUCCGAGGUGUUCGCGGUGGUCGACCUCGGCGCCAACCUCCGGGCCGUGCGCGUCAACCGGUACGACUCCACGGCCUGGGUCGACUCGGGCGCCACCAUCGGAGAGCUGUACUACGCCGUCGCCAAGAACGAGUCCCGGCUCGCGUUCCCGGCCGGCGAGUGCUCGACCAUUGGCGUGGGUGGGCACUUGAGCGGCGGCGGCAUCGGGAUGAUGAUGCGCAAGCACGGCCUCUCCGCCGACAAGGUACUCGACGCCAAGCUGGUCAACGCCGACGGCGAGCUCCUGGACAGGGCCGGCAUGGGGGAGGACCUCUUCUGGGCCAUCCGGGGAGGCGGCGGCGGCAACUUCGGCAUCGUGCUCUCGUGGAAGGUCCAGCUCGUGCAGGUCCCGUCCACGGUGGUGGCGUUCAACAUCGCCAAGACGGUCGCGCAGGGCGCCGUGGAGAUCCUCACCAGAUGGCAGGACGUCGCACCGUGUCUACCCAACGACAUAACCCUAAGGGUGAUCGUGCGGGGGCAGCAGGCCAUGUUCCAGGCCCUGUACCUCGGCGGUUGCGUCCCGCUGGUGGCGAUGAUGGCCGACCAGUUCCCGGAGCUGGGCAUGACGAGCACCGACUGCCAACCGAUGACCUGGCUGCAGUCGGCGGCCACGCCGUUCCUGAGCUUCGGCACAAACGGCACGCUGGAGGAGGCCCUCCUCGACAGGAGCACCAGCCUGAGCAGGUCCAACAAGAUCAAGUCGGACUACGUCCGGCGCGCCAUCUCCAAGGCCGCGUGGGAGGACAUCUUCCCCUGGUUCACCAAGCCCGGCGCCGGGUUCGUCCUGCUGGAGCCCCACGGCGGGUUCAUGGGCAGCGUCCCCGCCGCCGCGACGCCGUACCCGCACCGGAACGGCGUGCUGUACGUCAUGCAGUACCUGGUGGGCUGGCAGCAGGGCGACGACGGCACGGCGGCGACGGCCUGGAUCGAGGGCCUGUACGAGCUGAUGGGGCAGCACGUGAGCAAGAAGCCGAGGCGGGCGUACGUCAACUUCCGGGACCUGGGCAUCGGGGAGAACGACGACGCCGGCACGUUCGAGGGCGGCGAGGCGUGGGGCGAGAGCUACUUCGUGGGCAACUACCGGAGGCUCGCGGCGGUGAAGGCGGCCGUGGAUCCCACCAACUACUUCAGGAACGAGCAGAGCAUCCCGCCGUUGCGUUGAAGAUGAGACGAGGUCGGCCGGCCGGCAUGCAGAGCUGACUCCAUGAAUCAAUCCUUGGUCCUGCAUGGGCUACUGACUACUGGUCGAGAUCAGUUUACUUUCAUUCUUGCUGAAUAAACAAUGAUGUACCAUCGAGUUGUAUUUUCUGUCAACGUUCUCGUCGUGACAGAUGGCGGCUGUUGGACACAGUUUACUUUCCUGUAUGAACAAUAGUACUAUACUCCCUCCAUUCCACAAUGCAAUGCAUUCUUUUUUUCAAUAUCUAAAUUUAAUCAUAUAUUUAAUCAAAAA